AUGACUGCUGCCCGUCGCAGAAGAAGUGCAGUUGGCACGACCGACCGGGCACCACGGCAGCUCCCCGGAUCCGCCUGCGAGGCAUGCCAGAAGCGUAAAGUACGAUGUAAGAAUUCAUAUACACCAAUCCAACGUUUCCGUUUUGUACUGACCAAAACCCCAGGUGACAGGAAAAGUCCUUGUGGGACUUGCAAAGAUGGCGGUCUCGUGUGUGAAAUCAACACCCAACGACGACCACGGGGCCCCAAGAAGGGCGAACUCAAAAACCUUCGAAGUCAGGUUGGUGUGUGUUUAAAUCGUGUUGUGGCUCUGGAACGACGCCUCAGUCUUGAUCCCACCGAAGAAGCGUUGACCCUCGCUACUCAGUUUUCAGAAGCCCCGCCCGUGCCCGAAAUGCCAUCUGCAAGCUCGGCCUCGGAUCAGGACUUUUCGCAGUUUCCGUCACCAUCAUGUCAAAGGAGGCCUUCCUGGGAGAGCGAUAUCCAUAUCGCCAUGUCUCCCAUGACACCUAGCUCCCUUCCGAUGGGCUUCUCGACUUUCCAGUUCCCUCCCUCUCCCCAAUCCCCACCGAGAUGCGCAUUUGUCGAUGAUCUGAUGCGAGCGGAUCUUGACCAGCUGUAUUUCGACCGGGUCCACCCAAAUGUGCCCAUCUUCAGCCAGUCGCGGUAUUUUGCCAGAUCUCGGCAGAUUUCUAUGAUGGAUGGGCCGAAUUACUUGCUGUGUCUGCAGUAUGCCAUGUGGACAUUGGCAAUGUCGUUUUCGUCGCAGUUUGAAAGUUCGCGGGAUCUCUUCUACAAGGAAACCCGCCAUAUGCUCGAAAACCUGGACCUCCACGAGGACGACAUGAACACGGUGCGGGUGGAACAAGUGCAAGCGUGGCUUCUGCUUGCCUUCUACGAGUUCGCACGGUGCAACUACCGGCGUGCCUGGAUCACGGCCGGCAGGGCCUUUAGGCUUGUCCAACUUGCACGGCUCCACGAGGUUGAUAUUUCGGAGAAUGCGGCUGAAUGCGACGACGCUGUUUCAAUGGAGGAAAAGCGUAGAACAUUCUGGGUUGCAUAUUAUCUGGAUCGGCUUCUGUGUAUCAGAAACCGUAGGCCGUUGACGCUGAUCGAAGAAAUGAUCUGUACCAGACUCCCGUCUUCAGACCUCGCCUUUCAGGGCGGCAGUCCCGUUCAAGAGCGGUUUCUGGAAGAGGUCUUUGCAUCCGGGGACCACAGCCUCUUGUCGCCUCUGGCCGAGUCUGCCAUUUUGCUCACGAUAUUUGGUCGUGCAGUAUCGCAAUGCCAGGCCCAACGAAUGCAACCGACAUAUGCAAGCGCAUCACUGGAGUUCUGGAUGCGUCACGAAUGGGUCAAAAACACGCUGAGCUCGUCUUUGAAUUCGUUGAUGGUCAACCACCCAGUCAUCUCAGCAGCAGAGCCGAUGCUGUUCUUUUCCACCAUGAUGGCGCACGCCGUCAAAAUCUACAUGUGCCAGAUUGUCGAGUCCACAUCCCACGAGGAAUCAUGUCGACCCAACGUGGUAGAGUGCCAGAACCAAGCCAUGCACGCGGCCAGGGAGAUCGCGAGACUGGUCAAAGCCCACGAGCACAUCCCCUAUUUCAAGGCCCACAUUUUCCUCCCGCUCGCCAUCUUUUUGGCCGCGUCAAGGCUCAUGGCACAUCCAAACCGUGUGGUGGAGAACAUGCAAGCACUUACGCCGCCAGGGUCUUCAUGUUAUCAAGGGAUGGAAGUCAAGGACGGCAUCAAUGCCGAGUUUCAGUGUUGCAUGAACGCGCUGAGGAGCAUGCAGAGCUUCAACAAUCUUGCACGCGAAUAUUUGCUUGUGUUGGAGCCACAGGAGUCGUUUUCACUCACUGCUUUUCAGGGGGCUUUUCUCUGUGAAUAG